AUGAAAAUAUGUCUACGCUAUCUCGGUGACCCUGGAUGUCAACAAGGUUUUGGUCAGGAACUUGGUGUUAGUCAAGCAACGGUAUCUCGGACUGUGGAUAGAGUUGUGAACAGCAUAGUUGCACAGUCGAACGAAUGGAUCAAGUUUCCAACUACCAACCAUGAGCUGAUGGAGGCGAAGCGGAUAUGGCAAAGCCUGUAUAAAUUUCCGACAGCAAUUGGUGUAAUACAUAUGGGAAGCCUGAAACCAAAUCGCCAUGGAGAUGAAUAUAUCAACCGAAAAGGGAAACCUACUUUAAAUGUGCAAGCCACUUGUGAUGCCAGAGAGAUGUUUACAAGUAUUGAUGUCAGUUGGCCUGGAUCAGUGCAUGAUUCCAGAAUAUGGAGAAAUUCACAGACUAGAUCACAACUAAGAACAUCAAAAUCUAUUCAGCAGGUGCUGGAAUUACUUGGUGAUAGAAAUACCAACGGACAGGCAGACAGGGAUAUUGAAAGAUGGAAGCAACCACAGGUCCAAUAUCAUGUGCUAUUGACGCCAGUUACCUGUCGAGUUAUAGUCUCGAAGACAGCACAUGUGGCUGAGUGUGACAGGUUGAUGGUGCAUAUCCUGAGCCGGUUUCCAAAAACAUCAGAGGAGUGGCAAGAAAUAGCUUAUAAUAUUGAAACCAGAUGGAACUUUCCUAAUUGUGGAGGAUCUAUUGAUGGUAAACAUCUGCGAAUUGUUAAACCAGCCAACAGCGGGUCAUAUUUUUUUAACUACAAAGACUAUCACAGUAUAGUUCUCAUGGCCCUUGUUAAUGCUGAUUACGAAUUCAUAUAUGUUAAUGUAGGCUGUAAUGGGCGAGUUUCUGAUGGAGGGGUCUUAGAAUAUACAAAAUUUUACGAUAAACUUAUAGAAAAAAAGCUAAAUUUGCCUUCUAAUGACGUAACAAAGCAUAAUUUAAAUUUCGUUUUUGUGGCAGAUGAUGCGUUUGCAUUACAUGAAAAUAUUUUAAAACCUUUCCCGGGAAACAAUUUAACAAAAGAAGAAUCUAUUUUCAAUUAUAGACUUAGCCGUGUGCGCCGCACGGUUGAGAACGCGUUCGGUAUAUUAGCUAAUCGCUUUCGAGUAUUCCAUACUCCAAUUAAUAUGCAACCUGACAAAAUUGACAAAAUUGUACUAGCAGCUUGCGCGUUGCAUAAUUUUUUGAGACGUUCUAAAACUUCAUAUAUAACGAGAAAUGAUGUUGACACCGAAAUUAUUGACACAGGGGAUAUAAUAAGGGGAGACUGGAGAGCAGAAAGACCAUUAGAUAAUUUACAACCAGGAUAUGGUCGUAAUGCUUCACGUGAAGCCAAAGAAAAUAGAAUUAUUUAA